UAAUAAGAUAUACUCAGAUUUAAAGCAGGAGUUAAAUAAUACAAUUAUUUUAUAUACUUCUAAUGGUAACAAAAUUGUGCCAGUUCAUCGUAAAGAAUUUGAUACAUUGGAAGGUAAAUUGAGACAAUUGCACAAAUACGUGUUGGCACUUUCGAGGAAUUUCUUACUCAUUGCGGAGUUCUAUCAAGCUAAAUGUGUUUUUUGGCUAUGGAUGUCGAUUUUAAACUUAAUCUUUAACAUUUUUAUGAUUAUAACGCAAUGGGAUAAAGUUACAAAUUAUAUUAUAAUUUUGCAACUCAGAACCUUCGGUACCAUGGUCAGUAUUGUGUAUUUGAUGUUCAGGGCCCAAAAUGUUCAAAAUGUGUGCAAUGAUAUUUCAUCAUAUAUUUUUAAAAGAAAAUUAAAUGGCUUUACAAAUUUCGAAGUACUACAGUUGGAAACGAUUUUGUCGUGUUUAUUUUUGAGAAAACCUAAGCUCACUUUUCUAAAUGCUUUCAUAGUUGGAACCAAUUUACUAUCUUCGAUUUCUGGUACCAUUAUAACUUACGUUUUGGUUGCCCUGCAAUUUUAUCAGAAUUCUUAAGAAAUAUCUAUGUUAUAAUAAAACACAAAAUAAAAUGUGAGUUAAUUUAAUUGUAAACUUGUUCUAUUUUUAUUUUAUAAUGUA